CUAAAAACUUUUUUGCUUGCCUGUUUUUUGUUUAGUUAUUUAUAAGAUAUUAAUUAUUUUAUUUUUUGAAUCUCGUUUUAAAAUGCAAGCACCAGUUGUAUUUUUAAAUUCUUCAAUUACCAGACAAACUGGUCGUGAAGCUCAAACUGCUAACAUUACAGCUGCAAAGGCUGUUGCUGAUAUUAUUCGAACCUGUUUGGGUCCUAAAGCAAUGCUUAAAAUGAUAUUGGAUCCGAUGGGUGGAAUUGUUUUAACAAAUGAUGGCCAUGCAAUUUUGAGAGAAAUUGAUGUCUCUCAUCCUGCUGCAAAAUCAAUGAUUGAGUUAAGUAGAACUCAAGAUGAAGAAGUUGGUGAUGGUACAACAUCAGUUAUUAUUUUAGCUGGUGAAAUAUUGGCUCAAACUUUUCCUUAUAUUGAAAAAAAUAUUCAUCCAAUUAUUAUAAUUCGAGCUUUAAAAUUAGCAUUGAAUGAUUCGUUAGAUUUUAUACAUCAAAUUUCGGUUCCAAUUGAUCUUUCCAAUGAAUCAGAAUUAUUAAAUUUAAUUAAAUCAACUAUCGGAACUAAAUAUAUCUCUAAAUGGAGUGAUCAAAUGUGCAAAUUAGCUUUACAAGCUGUUAGAGCGGUUUCAAUCAACUAUAAUGAUGGUCAUAAAGAAAUUGAUAUUAAAAGAUAUGUCAGAGUGGAAAAGAUUCCUGGUGGAGAAAUUGAAGAUUGUCAAUUCAUAAAUGGUUGUAUUUUAAAUAAAGAUAUUACUCAUCCAAAAAUGAAAAGGUAUAUUGAAAAUCCAAGAGUUAUAUUAUUAGAUUGUCCUUUAGAAUAUAAGAAAGGUGAGUCUCAAACUAAUAUUGAAAUUACUGAAGAAGAUCACUGGAAUAGAAUUUUACAAAUUGAAGAAGAACAAAUUAAAAAUUUAUGUGAUGAAUUAUUAAAAUUCAAGCCAGAUUUAAUUUUGACAGAAAAGGGAGUAUCUGAUUUAGCUCAACACUAUCUUUUGAAAGGUGGCGUUACAGUAUUAAGAAGAGUUAAAAAGUCAGAUAACAAUAGGAUUGCUAGAGUUACUGGUGCAACGAUUGUUAAUCAAGUUGAUGAUUUAAAAGACUCAGAUGUUGGUAUAAAUUGUAAAUUAUUCAAGAUUGAAUUAAUUGGAGAUGAAUAUUUUACAUAUAUUUUAUCCAAAGAUUCUGAGAUUUCAAAAGCUUGUACAAUUUUAUUGAGAGGACCAUCAAAGGACAUUAUAAAUGAAAUUGAUAGAAAUUUACAAGAUGCAAUGGCAGUAACUAGAAAUGUUUUCUUGGAACCAUCAUUGUCGCCAGGAGGUGGAGCAACUGAGAUGGCAAUUUCAAUAAAGUUGUUAGAAAAUUUGUCCAAAAUCGAAAAUAUACAACAAUUGCCUUAUAAGGCAGUUUCAGAUGCGCUAGAAAUCAUUCCAAGAACAUUAAUUCAAAAUUGUGGUAAAAAUCCAAUUAGAAUAUUGAGUAAGUUAAGAAGCGAACAUAGUAAAGGAAAUUAUACUAUGGGUAUUGAUGGAGAUACAGGAGAUAUUGUUGAUAUGAAGGAUUAUGGAAUUUGGGAGCCCGAAGUUGUUAAACAACAAAGCAUUAAAACAGCUAUUGAAAGUUCCUGUUUAUUAUUAAGAAUCGAUGAUAUUGUUAGUGGUAUUCGUAAAGAUGAAAGAAAAUGA